AUGGAUACAGAAACAGUCACGGCCACGACGGAACUCCGUCUCGCGUCGCCCAGCGGCAUCGUCACGCGAAAGAUCCUCUGUACUCCCCUUCGCGACGCCCUGCCGUCGGAAAUCCCCGUCAUUGACAUCUCGCCGAUAUUCAGCUCGUCGCUCGAUGAGAGGAAGGCCGUGGCCCGGCAGGUUCGCGCCGCCGCGCAGAACAUGGGCUUCUUUUACAUUGAGAAGCACGGGAUUCCCGCGGACGUGACGCAGGACGUGUAUGAGGCGGGACUAGAGUUUUUCAGACAGGACUUGGAGACCAAGAUGAGGGCGGAUUCGAGCGGGACGAGGUGGGAUAAGGGGUAUCAGGGGCCGAAGACGCAGCGGCUGAAUCCGUCGGAGAGCGUUGAUGUGCGGGAGUCGUUUUCGUAUCAGUACGAUCCGAGGUAUGAUGAUGCCGUUGGGGAGGAUGGGAUGGGGGAUAUACCGCGGGAGGCGAGGCGGUAUCUGGCGUUUGAGGAUGAUUAUCCGUGGGAGCAGACGAGGAACUUGCCGGGGUUGAAGGAGAGCGUGAUGAGGCACAUGGAGGAGUGUUUGAGGCUGGCGAGGGCGCUGACGAGAUGUUUUGCGUUGGGGUUGGGGUUGGAGGAGGGAUUGUUUGACGAGAAGGUGAGGUAUCCGGGGUCGUCGUACGUGAUCAACUAUUAUCCCCCGAUUGAGCCGUGUACGGGAGGGAGUGAGGAGGUGUCGAUUGGGUCGCAUACGGACUUUCAGCUGUUUACGAUUCUAUGGCAGGAUUUACAUGGCGGACUGGAGGUUCUCAGCAAGGAGGGUCAAUGGCUGCGGGCGAAGCCGAUAGAGGGGACGCUGGUUGUGAAUCUGGGGGACUGCAUGCAGCGGAUUACGAAUGACGAGUAUACGAGCACGGUGAAUCGGGUGAGGAAUUACAGUGGCGAGGAGAGGGUGAGCAUUCCUGUGUUUUGGGGGUUUGGGCUGCAUGAGACGUGUGGUGUUGUUGUUGGGGGGGGGGAGGAGAAGAAGUAUGAGGAUGUGAAGUGUGCGGAUUGGAUUAUGAUGCGAAUAAGGGGGAUGAAGCAGUUGGAGUGA